CUGGCUGGCCGCGCUCGCCCCUCAUCUUGGCUUCCAGGCGACCUCCGCGCGGCCGCGGCUUCCUGCCUGCGCCCCCGAGGGAGAUGUAUCAGGGCUUCCCCGGAGACUACGACUCCACCUCCCGGUGCAGCUCGUCCCCCUCGGCCGAGUCCCAGUACCUCUCCUCGGUGGACUCCUUCGGGAGCCCGACCGCCGCCGCCGCCGCCGCCGCCGCCGCCUCCUCGCAGGAGUGCAGCGGCCUUGGGGAAAUGCCCGGAUCUUUUGUGCCAACAGUGACUGCCAUAUCCACAAGCCAAGACCUCCAGUGGCUGGUGCAGCCUACCUUGAUUUCCUCAAUGGCCCAGUCUCAGCAGCAGCAGCAGCAGCAGCAGCAGCAGCCGCCUCCGCCUUCGGGGCUGCCCCCACCCACAGUGGACCCCUAUGACCUGCCCGGCCCCAGUUACGCUGCCCCAGGAAUGGGGGUUUAUGGGGCUGGCCCUUCGACUGCCCCUGUGGCUGCAGCCACCCCGCCUCGCUCCAGCAGGGCCCGGCCCCGAAGAACACGGGAAGAAACGCUGACUCCUGAGGAGGAAGAAAAGCGCCGGGUGCGCAGGGAGAGGAACAAGCUGGCGGCCGCCAAGUGCCGGAAUCGACGCCGAGAACUGACCGACCGGCUUCAAGCGGAGACGGACCAGCUGGAGGAAGAGAAAGCUGAGCUGGAGUCGGAGAUUGCGGAGCUGCAGAAGGAACGGGAGCGGCUGGAAUUUGUCCUCGUGGCUCACAAGGGCAGCUGCAAAAUCCCCUACCAGGACAUCACAGAACUGAGUGGGCAGCCCGGCCCCUCGGUAGAGGUCAGCGCCCUGGCCAUGCCGGUCAAGGAGGACCCCUUUGGGCCCUCGGCCCCCUACUCCUCGGUGCCCUUGCAUUACCAGCAGGCCCUGGGCGGACUCCCGGCCGCAGCCCCGGCCCCGGCGGAGGUAGCGUUUUCUAGUUCUUACUUUAGCCAUGGUGAAGAGCUGACCGACCCGUACCCGGUUAACCCUUCCUAUACGUCUUCGUUUGUGUUCACCUACCCAGAGGGAGCCACCUGUGGAGCCAUCCACCAGCGGAACGGCAGCAGCGACCACUCCCCGGACACUCUGAACUCUCCCUCGCUCCUUGCUUUGUGACACUCAAACCCCAACUUGCGCCUUUGGGUCUAGCCUGCCAGCCCAUCCGCCCCUGCCAACGCCGGGCUGGGUGAAGGGGGCCGGAGCCCCAAUGCGCCUGGGCACACCGCUAUCGCCUGGGAGCCUCUAACCCGCUCUGCUGCAGCUGCGGCCGCCGCCUCUAGCCCUUGCGAUGCGUUCUCAUUCCCUCCUUGGGGGUGCAGCACACGGUGGAGGAGCCGAUGUUUGUCCUUUGGCCAAUUCCCACAUCGAGAGGAGAAAGGGGGAUGUUUCUGGGCUGUGAGUUGGUUCCCCCUCCUCAGAGGGCGCCCAGACCACCUUUCCCCCUGGAAACAGGAUUUGCCUUCUACUGAAUUGGGACGCUUGGUGGAACCGGACGAUGCCUUUUCUCUCCACACUUCAUCACUGUUUCUGUCAAUGGGGGCUGUGCCAAGGGCUGCCCUGAGGAGAGGAAACUGAAGGGGGAAGAGACCCUCCCUAUGCUGCCCCCACCCAGCUCAUGUCUUGUGGUGGCUUUAUGAACUGUGUUAGCUGCAUGGUUUUAAAACAGGCACUUUACCCUUUCGCUAGUCAGCUUGGCAUCCCGUGCGUUGGAUCUCUCGGGCUACACUUCUACAGGAUCUGCUGCUUCUAGGAUGAAAAAGCCACAUUAAGUGGCCAAUCAGGGCAGACUUUUUGUGAAUUAUUUGGGCACAUUCCUGCUGAAAGCUUUUGUCAUAUUAAAGUGGGCCAAAAUGUUGCAGCCUUGCUUCUUAAUCGCUCGUGAACUUCUGCAAAUUGUAAGGCUGCUGUUGGGCAUUGGAUUCUUUGAGGUCUGGGAUGAUAUUUCUUUGGUGGGCAUUCAACUCUCCCUGAAACCUUCAGCCAAGCAAAUUAAUUGUGCCAUCAAGUCAGUGUUGAUUUUUAAAGAUCUAUUUUGGUUUCCACUUUUGGAAAUGGGAAUGAUGGGUGAUAUAAAAAGUAGUUUAUCUGGAAGGAAAUGGUAAAAUCUGAAACUUUUAAGAAGCCAAAGGAAAGUGGGACCUGCAAAAAAAAAACCCAAAGCAGCUGAGAUUUUUCUUGCACUGCUGUUGUCGAUGGGUUGGCCACUCCCUGCCAGACCCAGGUGGUGCUUCUAGUGAGUCCAUCUGUCCAACGGGCUUGACCAGUGGACUUUCUGCAUUCCCUGGAAGAGAUUCACUUCCCUUUGGCCCCCUCGCUCAAUUGGUUUCUUUGAUGGGCAAAAGCAGGGAGGGUCCUGGCUUCUGGGAGGGGUGGGGGUGGGUGGGCCUGGGUGACAAAUACUGUGAAGGGACCUCUGCAAGUGACCGCUUUCCCUGCAGUUGGGAACUAGGUAUCUGCUUCCUGACCUUGGCCAGCUGGACCUCAAACUCAUUGCAUUAUCCCACUUAAGACGGCCAGCUGCUUCCCCUCUGCUCUCAGGCCAGACCUCCGGGCUGCCCAGGAGUCCAUGAGGGCUCCGUCUCUGCUGCUGGUAGUGUGGAGCGUGACCCCUUUAAUUGCUCCCUGCCUCCUCCUCCCCUGCUUUGCUCUAACCCCACACUGCUGCUUUUCCAGGCCUAGGGCAUGUAGGCUGCUUCUCCUGGCUGGGGGGCUCCUCCUUGCCCCCUCCGAAGGCCUCUUGGGCCCCCCAGGCCGUGCCAAGUGCGCCUUCUUUGAGAGCAUCCGCCCCUCUGAGCCUCCCACCCAGGGGCCCUUUCCCUCUUGUGCUGGGGGGUCCUCAGCCGCUCUGCAUCGGUGGGGUGUUUUGUGCAGCCUGCUCUGUUCUGUGCCUCUGGUUAACCUCCCCUCGACUGAGAAAGCUGCUGUGCUGCUUCUUGGCUCCCCAGAGCUCACCAUGAUGCUAUUCAGAAUGUUUCCAAAACUUUUUCUUGUGACCAAGCUUUGGAUGUUGUUGUUUUUUUUUAAUUAUUUUAUUUUUUUAACCUAUGGACUUUUAUUUA